AUGUCUGUAUCGACUGUGAUCAAUGAUAUAGAAUUGGUUGGAGAGCAAAUCUUCGACCAUACUCCAGUAAUAAAGAGAGAGGUGGAGCGUUUUUUAGACAAUUUUGAAAGAAACGAACGUCAUAAAGAAUUUGACGGAAUUAUUCGCGCUAAUCACACGUUAGUUGAAGCGGUUGACGCCAAAUUGGAGUCGUUAGUGGCCGACGGAAGUCUAAAAAAUCUUAUCGAAGAAAUCAGAGCAACGUCAGAUUCCAUCAGGAAUCUGACCGUUCCAGCAUUUAAGCAGGAGCACGACGAUUAUUUGGAAUCGAUGAAACGCACUCAAACGGAGCAGUUAGAAAUCGUAGAAGCCGAAAUUGAACGACAGCGGAAGGCAUUAAGAGACCGUAGCAAUCGCGAAGGAACCGCAGAUUCCUUAACAUCACCGGAUAUUUCGACAACAAGUGAAGUUGAUCUGAAUUGA